UCAUCUUCUGCGCUCGCUCUCACUCUCUCUCUCUCACACACACACACACACCCCUCAAUUCACAAAGCAACUAAAUUCAUCUGUGAAUUCCGUCUCCGAAAAUUCUCAGUUCAUCUUCAGAUUCGCUGCAAUUCAGAAGCCCCAAUUUUGGUGAAAUCAUGUGAAUCGAUCUCUAAUUUGGAUUUCUUGGUGUUCGUUUAUGGGUCGAGAUUAUUAGUUUGUUGGGUUUAAUUCGGGAAGUCCACUGUCCGAGGUUUCGAUGAUGAACAGUAACAAGGACGAAGCUUUAAGAUGCAUUGCCAUUGCCAAGGAGGCAAUUUCGUCGGGGAAAAGGCAGUGUGCGGUCAAAUUCAUUGCAAUUGCGCGAAGACUUGACCCUAAUUUAGGCGUUGAUGAUCUUUUGGCUGCUGCUGAUAAUCCAGAAUCGGCGUUCUUUAGUGAUUAUAAUGACAAAAAGGAUGUGGGAAGUGAUGAAAACGACGCAGAUUCUGCUAGGAUUAUUUAUAGCGAAGAACAAGUGCAAUUGAUUAAGAAAAUUCAGAGAUGUAGGGAUUACUACGAGAUUCUAGGUCUGGAAAAGAGUUGUUCCAUGGAGGAUAUGAGAAGGGCGUAUAGGAAAAUGUCAUUGAAAGUUCAUCCAGAUAAGAAUAAGACUCCUGGCUCUGAGGAUGCCUUUAAGAAAGUUAGCAAGGCCUUCAAGUGCUUGAGUGAUGAUGAUUCGAGGAGACAGUAUGAUCGGACUGGAUGGGUUGAGGAAUUUGAGCACAGCCAGCAGUACAAUGUGAGCAGGAGGAGGAGGAGGAGGAGGACAACUGAGCCUGAUUUGUUUGAUGAUGAUCUUGAUGCUGAUGAGAUGUUCAAGGCUUUCUUUGGCCAGUCGGACAUGUUUCAAGCCUCUCGUGUUUAUAGGACUAGAACUAGAACUAGAACUAGAGCGGGCAAUCAACAGUGGGAUGAUUUUGGUAGAGUAGGGCUUAAUCUGAUGCUUUUGCUUCAGCUAUUACCAAUUUUGCUAAUCUUGUUGCUUGCUUAUCUACCAUUCUCAGAGCCCGAUUAUUCUUUGCAGAAGAAUUAUUUUUAUCAGUUUCCCAAGAUCACUGAGAAACAUGGAGUGGAUUUUUUUGUUAAAUCACCUGAAUUUGAUCUGAAUUUUCCACUUGGAAGUCCUUCACGAGCUAAUAUCGAAAAUAGUGUGAUAAGGGAUUAUGGUCGUUAUUGUCACAUAGAACUCCAGAGGAGGCGAUGGAGAAGCAACUUGCCCACUCCUCAUUGCGACAAGCUUCAAAGCUUUGGUGUAGCCUGAAGGGUUGCAUGCACAAGCUGCAACACUUUCACUGGGUUGGCUGGGGAUGCCAUCGAGUCCUACAACCCCAAGAAGAGGAAAGCUAGAACCCUGUCACCGAGUUAAUCAAUCUUGUUGGACAUUGACAAAAACACGAGGCUUGGAGGGGACUGGAGGUGCACAAACGGCGUUACAGAUGUACUACUAAUUCAAUGUCUGAUUAUAGUGUCGAUCGACCAUGAAGAAGUUACCAUUUUCACACUUAUUCCAUGCCUGAACUUCCAUGGAGGGUCACCAUUCGCCACCUUGUGUCAACAGGCUCUUGUUUAUUUUCAUGCCCGAUCGAUCAUUGUAUGUUAUAAUCGUCUUGAGGUGGUGGAUGGAAAGGCUUUUAGUUUAUGGAAUGGGAUUGUUUGCUGAUAACGAGUCUUAACUUGUGACAAUAGCCAGCUUGCCAGCGUUAAACAGUUUACUUGGCUCUGUUUGUUUGGGAAAAAUGUUUUCUUGAUGGAAAAUAGUUUUUUUUUU